AUGAUUCAGUCACACAAUGGAUGGGAGUUUCUCUGGAGAAAAGACUCAAACCGUGAAUCUACUGGAGCUGCAACUAAAACAAUCAAUUCUGUGAAAGUCUCUGAUGGAGGAGAGUACAAGUGCAGAGCACGAAGAGGAAGAUAUUACACAGGUUACAGUAAACCAGUAAUAGUGACAAUACAAGAAAGACCAAAAUCUAAAGUGACCAUUAAACCUGCUCAACAUGUAUUCAGAGGAGACACAGUCACUCUCAGAUGUGACAUAUAUGGUGAAGGAGUCACUAGCUGGAGCUACAGCUGGUAUAAAGAAGGUUCAGCCAGUGUUUUUAGUGAUCAACAGGAACACACAUUCAGUUCUGUGAAUGAGUCUGACGCAGGUAAAUACUCCUGUAAAGGAUCAGAGACAGAAGGAUCACGCUGGUCACAAAUGAGUGAUGCAGUUACACUGACAGUAUCAGAUUUUCCUACACCUAUUCUGACUGCUGUGCCACGGUAUUCACUGUUCACUGGAGACUCAGUUACUCUGAGAUGUGAGAUGAUUCAGUCACACAAUGGAUGGGAGUUUCUCUGGACAAAAGACUCAAACCGUGAAUCUACUGGAGCUGCAACUAAAACAAUCAAUUCUGUGAAAGUCUCUGAUGGAGGAGAGUACAGGUGCAGAGCACGAAGAGGAGGAUAUUACACAGGUUACAGUAAACCAGUAAUAGUGACAAUAUACGAAAGACCAAAACCCAAAGUGACCAUUAAACCUGCUCAACAUGUAUUCAGAGGAGACACAGUCACUCUCAGAUGUGACAUAUAUGGUGAAGGAGUCACUAGCUGGAGCUACAGCUGGUAUAAAGAAGGUUCAACCAGUGUUUUCAGUGAUCGACAGGAACUCACAUUCAGUUCUGUGAAUGAGUCUAACGCAGGUAAAUACUCCUGUAAUGGAUCAGAGACAGAAGGAUCACGCUGGUCACAAAUGAGUGAUGCAGUUACACUGACAGUAUCAGACUCAAGAUCUGAUGGUCUCAAACCCAUAAUAACUGGAGUGACUGCAGGACUGACUGUCUCAGUUUUGAUCAUUGUCUUCUUGAUCCUGCUGUGGCGCUACAGAAACAACAAAGGUGGAAGAUCUCAGUCUCCCUCUACUGUCAGUCAACAACAGAACAACAGUCAGACAUCAGACCAGAAACACAGUGAAGCCGGAUACAACACACUGCUGUCUGGAACUGCUCAUAUUUAUGAAUCUGUUGAUGCAGCUGCCAAUAAAGACAUAAGAACAGACAGUGUAAGUGAGUCUACUGAACACAUCUAUGCUGAGAUUGAAUUGGAAUCUACAAAGAAACAGAAGAAAAAGAAAGAAAACAAAGAGAAUAAAACUGAGAGUCCUGACUGCUUUUACUCCAAACUCAUGCUGCAAACAGAUCAAGGUGCUGGAUCUAGUGAUGUGAUACAUGCUCAGGACCUCUCAGAAGUUCAGAAUGGGCUCUGAUUGGUUAGCUGGCCGAGUGUGUUGUGAUUGG